GGUUUCUUCGAUCUUCGGAACACCGGUGCCACCUUCGCAGAAGAUAUCAUAAACCAACUAUUUCCAUUAAGCUGCAACCGAUUGAUUCGACGUUCUCUUCUUUCGAUUUGCUCGUUUGAAAAUGUAUGUGCACACACACACACACACACACACAUAUCGCAUUUGUAUGUAUGAAUACUCUCGGUCUUUUGGGAAAUUUGUUGCGAGUAGCACAGUGUUCUAAACAGAAAUCGAACAGUUCAACGAGAUUGCGCAAAGCGGUAGCGAGUAAAACACAGAUGACAGGUAUUCAGCGGCGAAACUACUCGGUUAAAAGUGGAGUUGUAGCGAUCUGGUGCAAAGUUAGUAACACGCAGCUAGAAUCACGCGUAAUUAGAUUCGCUUACAGAUAACUUUUACCGUAACCGUAUCUACAGAUUUCAAUAACCUUCUCUCUCUUCCGGAAAUCUUACUUGUCAUAAUUUUUCAGUACUUUUCGUUUAACGACUGUUUUAUGUAUUCGGUGUCCGGCGAACAAGCAGCUUUCUAUGUUUCUUUGUGUAUUUCGCGCGUCUUGAAGUUCGAGCGCGAAAACUCGAUCGUUUUGUAUGAAUCCUGAAACACGAGUAUUGUUUUUCUUUCGUGUGAUAUUCGUCGCAUCGAACCAGACUAACGGUACAGGUGGAAUCUCCUACAUUGACUAUCGAUAUAAUUGAAUCAUAUCAAAUACGAGGCGAAUGUGGGGGGAAAGAAAAGACAGAAAAAGAGUAUGUAAGAGAUCGACGAGAUAGCGUAGCCAUGUCCCAUACGAGACUGCAAGUUAUCUCUCGUUCACGAGUUGCGGAUAUAUCGGUCAAAACGGAAAUCACAUCUAUGCGUUUCAUGCUUCAGCACCUUCUGUGACUUUUUAUUUCGGCUCCACGUACUAACAAACGGCGCUACUUCGUUUAUCGCGUUUACCAUCCAUCAAAACGUAUAUUAUAUAACGUAAAUGAAUAAAAUAAAAAUUGACAAAUGUUUUAUUAUUAUUUCAAAAGAAGAAACGAGCAAAAUGUAGCGUGGAAAGAGACAAAUAAGGUUACUUUGCUAAGUUGUAAUUAAAGAGAAGCACGAAGAAUACGUUCGAAGGAAAUGUACAUUGAUCAUCAGGCAAUUUGUUCGUUUGUAUUAAUAUUAAUAUCGUUGUUGGUGUGUCUGUUUGAUCGCGUCUUUACCUUGACAAAUAUAAAUGAAAAUAUCUUUGACCGUAUUUCCUACGUCAAUGUCGAUCGCAUGAUUUAUACGACUCGGUUAGCCAAAACAACGUAAAUUAGCAAAAAUAAAUAUCCUCUGGCUACGUAGGCAGCGAUUCGACUCGACUCGCGAGACGAGCUUCGCUUUGUUCUCGCAAGGGUGUUCGGAGAAGAACAGCCUCGCUCGUAACAUGUAUUUGUAACAUAACGUUGUUCAAGCGGAACAGCCAGUGUACAGGCGUGUUUGCGUUUCGUUAUGAAAAGCAUCGUGAGAAAGCGACGGCGCUGUUCGUGCAGCAGCAAAGGUUGUAAAAUGCGUUUGCGUUGUUCCAACUGUAACCAGCACAUUCGUUGAUUAAUUACGUAUUUUCUCUUCGCGGUACUUGACUGGAGUUUGCAUAAUCUUGCGGCUGGCAGCUGGUAAUCUCGAGAGCGAAUCGGUCCUCGCUUCUAUCGAGUUUAGGGAUUUUACUCGACAGUCGCGUGUGGUUUCACGAUCGAGAUUUCGUGCCACGCCGAAACCAUAGAAGAGAGAAUUUUCCUCAGAUCCAAAGACCAUAGUUAUCGACUGCAUCCACGGAUACGGAUACGAGAUCUCGUUCCCUGUCAUAAGUAAAUAUUUGAAAGAAAGGCCUGCUACCUACUAUCACUGACCACUCGUCGCGAGCGUUUCUCUCCACGCGUAAAAGUGAAAUGCUCCCGUGCGCGAACACGCGCCGUCUCGAGGAGAAGUCGGUUGGUUCGUUGACUUGGAAAUUCGUACAAUUAGUGGCGAUAGCGAACGCGCGCUUGCAAUUUGUUUCCUUCUCGGGUCGACGAGGCGCUUAAUUUCCCAUCGACGAAAACUUGUCGAGGUCUUAAUCCGCGAACUGAAAUAUUUGCUUAGUUUCGUGUAAACAAAGCGAAUCUUGUUCUCCAUCUCGACACGGAUGGUUUGCGUAAAUUGCGCAAACUCGGCUGGCGCGGGUUGCCGCUCGUAAAUAUUGCGCAAGUAUAGCCGACGGCUAAUCGCGAAACAAGCGCGACAAAAUUUAAACGAUAGAAAGUUAAAUGGUUUACACGUGCAUUACGAAUGUAUAUACCGAAUAAGAAUCUGUACACGUAUGUAUCCAUAUGUAUCUGUAGAUACGUCCGCGGUUUGUACACGUAGGAGAAGAAGCGCAACCAGUGCCACGCGCGAUAUUUUAUUUCUUCUUCCUUCAGACCGACCAUCCUGCACGAUAUUUCUAACGCGAUAAAAAUUAAUUAGAAGCUGUAUCAUAAUAAUAAUAAUAAUAUAAUAAAAUAAUACAAGUAAGUUGAGACAAUAGGAGACUUGCAAUCGCAACGAAGGUCAUCGCAUCGCGUGGAAAAUGUAACGCGUCCAAUCGCCGUCAGUUCGCUAUCAAAAAUUUAUUCGAAGUCUAACGUCGCGUGAGUACGUCCGUUCCAUCGAUGGAAGAAUUUCGCGUGAUUUUCGCUACGAUCGAUGUUACAUUAAAAGGGCGCGGUUGCGUGGAAUUUGAAAUUAAUUAAAAUGAAUUGCGGCGAAAUAAAGGUGAAAGAAGGUGGAAUGGAGAAGAGGACAGCGCAGAGUAGGAACCGAGAGUGCGAUGUUUCUCGCGGCGAGCAAGCGGAGAAAACAACGUGCAAAACUACUAAGGACUGUACGCACCGCGAAAAGAACGACGAAUCGCGGCGAUCUGUUUUGUCGAAACAAAAGCGAUCGCACUUCUGCCAAGAUAGUCUGCGUUUCUCUAAACGCUUUCUUACGAUCGUACGCGUUCUUGCGAUCCUACGUUCUUACGUCUUUAAGCGUUCGUUCUCGAUUGCUCGAGCAACAGCGAUCCAAUCGGCGAGCCCCCCGCGCCCCGGCCAACGAUACAUCGCGAUCGAUCGACGCCGCACCGUAUCGGUUUCUCAUACAGUUGCUAGCCGAGAAUGCCGCGCAAUUUGUCGGAAGCCGACAGAAAGAAGAAUCAAUUCGACAAGGAAGAACGAGUUCAUCUAUUGGCUAUAAUGAAGCAGUACGCGCCUCUGUUGGACAAGAGCGCUUCUACCUUGGCCCGUAAAAAGAUUUGGACGACCAUCGAGGACGAGUUUAAGAAGGCCGGUUUUACUCGCAAAACGUCCGCUCAAUUGAAGAAAUAUUGGCAAAACUACAAGUAUCACUGCAAGAAGGCUAUGGCGUUUGGCAAGGAAAAUAAGAAGUGCAUAGAAUCGGAGACGAGCGAGUGCCUCGAGUGGAAUAGAUACCAAGUUUUCGUAGAGAAUCGGUCGCCGGCUAAGUUUUCGCAAAUUCCUGACGUUGUUCGAUCGCUGGCCGAUCAUUUGCAGAGGUCGCCGACGAAAUCAGGUGGCCGGUUUCGUGACAAAUACGAAGACAACGCAGCCACCGCUCACCAUUCCAACAACCUGGAUGCUUUCAUUGAUCUGUCGCGAGUCAAAGUGGAGCGGAACGACGACCAAGCGUCUGACGAUUCCAAGGCGGAAGGCACGAACGCAUUGGAGAAUGUAAGCCUUAAAGAGGACAUCAAUUUGGAGGAGAGAAAGGAGAUCCUUGCGAACGAGGAUCGUCUGGUGGUAUCGACAUCGUCGUCGUUGUCGUCAUCGUCGUCGUCGUCAUCGUCGUCGUUGUUAUCGAGUAACGCGACAGAAUGCAAAACUAUGAAUCGGAUCGUUGUGUCCAACGCGCGUAUUUCCAACAACAGCGUCACCGUGUCGGUGAUUUAUCCCGAGAACGACAACUCGUACUUUCCCACAAACGCGAUCGACGGGACGGUGCAGACGUCUUUGUCUUCCAGGCGGACAGCGGACGCUGUGUGGAACGAACAGCAGGCGCAGCAAGGCGACUGGUUGAAUUCGAGAAAAACGCGCGCCACGAACGAUGGUGCACGCGCGAUGCCAUUCGGUUACCAUCACAGUUUAGCGGAAAGUAAAAACGACCGAACGCGUUCGAAGGAAACGAAUGCAAACAGCGAGGUAUACGGUUCGUUGGAAUGCAACGCGAACGACGAUUCAUCGCGCGAUAAGAAAAUGGAAAAAUCGUCGAAGGAGGAUGGCGACCUGAUCGCGACGGAGAGCGACGAGAACGAGGUCGGUGGUGUCCGCGCGAGAAACUCGACAACUCGAAGGGACCAGAGCUUCGGAAAGGGCUACGUUUUUCUCACGGAUUAUCGUAGUCGAUUGAAGCACCGGUUGCUUCUGCAACAGCUCGAAGCGGAGGAGAAACGGUUGAAGAUCAAAAUCGCGGAAAUGGCCAUUCAAGAGGUGCAGCUGAGGAUAAAAGCAUUGAGCGAGGAUAUGCGACGCACGGAGGAGUUGCAUCGGUUGCGUCUAGCGCGCACUGCAGCUGGAAAUCGGCAAACGUUCGAGUAGCCAAACCGUUGCUGAAAAGACAAGAAAAGGUGGAGGGCAAGGUGGUGCGUUCACGUGUGCUUCAAAUUAUUUUUAUUAAUCACCAUCAUUAUCGUGUGUUACGAUGUCGUGGUUAUUUAGAAAAAACGCCUGGGACCAUACAAAAUAACAAUGCGCUUAGAUUUUCGUGGUAACCGAGCAACCUAGCUAUGUAUAUCGAGGUCACGAUGUUCGUCUCGGUUGCUUCCGUCGUCCAUUCGUCGUACGACCGUCCGUAUCGUCGACGAACCAGCCGUGGAUCCUCGAUCAACCACGGAACACGGAUAACGUGUUAUCGCGUAACAACAACGUUUCUUCCGAUCCGAUCGUAACUGUCUGCCCCCUUUUCUGUCUUUCUCUACUCACCGCAGUCGCGAUUAUCGCAAACCCGCCGUCGCGUUUAUUUACAAUUUACAAGCAUGUCCGUUCGUUCCCUGCCACCUCGCAACUAACGAUUUUCCUCGUAUUUAGUGAUUGUUAAUAAUUAUCACAGAAAGUUCGUAAAACAAUGACCUUGACGUAUGUCGGCGUGUACGCGUGUCUGCUGUGUGUUUCGUGUUCUCGUGUGAAUGUCACGUGUGUCCGUGUAGUAUGUACCCAUCGAGAAUCGUUUCUUUUUCGCUUUCUUCCUUUCCGCCGCGUAUUUUCUUCUCUUUCUCCGUUUUCUUUCUUCCUAUUUCUGUCUUCCUUUCUUUCUUUCUUUCGUUCGCGUUUGCUCGCCGAACGGGAGAGUACCGUACGCGUUCUAGACGGAGAAGUUUGUCACGUUGCUGAGUAAGUAGAGUAGAGUAACAGUAGAUUAGCGUUUAGUAUAUAACUAGCGAUAAUAGCGAUACGAGUAUAGUGGCACGCAUUAGAAUAGCCCUUUUAACUUUGCAGCAUUUCAAAAUAUCGAGUAACGCUAUAGUAGAAUAAUUCUUUUUAAUCGUACGCGUGAAGAAAUUCAUUUUCUUUUCAUUCGAGUCAUCGAACGAGCGAGAGCGAACGAGCGAGCGAGAGAAAAAGAGAGAGAGAGAGAGUGAGUGAGAGAGGAGGGGAGCGGAACCGAUCGAUAGUUUAACUCUCUCGUAUUUUAUCUUAUUUUUGCGAAUCAUCGAACGUUGGAAAAGUGAUUUUCCUUCGGUUCGAUACAACUCGUCGGAAAAACUUGUCGUUUCCCAAACCAAGGGCAGAACGUUGUAAACCUUAUAAAGCCGUUUUGAUUGUCGCGAUAAAGUUGCCCGUCGAAUGGAAUUCGAACUCGAUAUCCUAACAGCUGGUCCGCGUCAUACGACACGAACGAACACGACCGUGUUUCCAUCGCGUUCAUCACAAUUUUCAAUAUCCACGUGAAAUGUUCUGUUCAAGAAGCCGGAGAACUCUCCUCUUCUCUUCUCUCUCUCUCUCUCUCUCUCUUUCUCUUUUUCUCCCUGCGGAUUUACUAAUUCGUAAAAUAUUUAUAAAAACGAGCUUUCGCGACGAUAAACGCGCGAAAAGUAGUAGUAGUAGUAGUAGAUAUAUCUUGCGGAGGAAUGCAAAACUUCGAAGAAGAUAUUUCAACGCGCGUUACCACGUAUUUUUACUUCCUCUUUUCCACUCGCUUCCUUGUGCUUCUUCCUUUCCUCUCUCUCUCUCUCUCUCCCCUUCCUCUUUUUUCUCGAGUUUCGUCGUAUCACUCGUUUCGUACCACUGGCAAGUUAAAAGGAGGAGACUGUAGCUCGACGAAGCUUUACUACACGAACUUUACACGGAAAGCAUCUACAAGUCUCAGCUAAGCAAAAAUCCUUUUCCUACAACGUCUUUUGGAAAUGUAAAAAUUACUCAAUCGAGCCAAUUGCCAGUCCAUGAUUCGCCGGUACACGAACAAGUCGCCGUCUUGUCGAGCCACUUCUCCGAUGCACGCGCUGUUACAGCCGCGGCUUCGACAAUCCAUUUCGAGUAACCGGCAAACAUCCAAAACGAAUUUGCCGAUUCUUAUCCUUCGCACGGUUGCUUGUACGUCGGCUAUCAACGUCGCUGGAUUUUCACGUUCUACGACUGUGUAGCAUGUCGGUGGAACGCUUGAUCGGAAAAGCUUCGGAAAAGCUUCGGAAAAGCGAAACGAAACGAACUCGAGAAUAUCUCGGAGAAUAAGAAAUUGUCGCUGAACGAAGUGCACGAGUAAUGCGAAGAACAAAGCGUCGGUUAAAUCGCGACAGGAUUUUCGAGUAUACGCGUCGUCGAUUUCUGUCCGAUCCGAUCGAACAGGUUAACAAUCUGCGAUAAGAAAGAUGGUUAACGUUCGGUCGACGCGAGCAACGGGGAUAUCCGGAUCAAUCAUACGGAUGAAAGAAAGCAAACGUUUCGCAAUCAUCGAAUUGAUAUAGUUGAGCCGACGACACAGCACGAGUUAACUUGCCAACGAUCGAUCGGCGUAUACGUACGAUAUGAUAGCACAGAGCCGGUGGUUCUCCUGUUCGGUCCACCUCGGUGUACCUCGAUUCAAUAAAUCUGCUUGCGAAGAUUUAUCGCUCCUUAUAAGCUUCUGCUUGGUUUAAAGUCGAUGGAAUAACGCGAGGAUCGCCGAAGUAGCGUUGAAACUCGAAAACAUCGGCGUUGACUCGCGGCCGAUCUGCUGGUACAGCGAGUGCUGCUGCGAAUUCGCUGGCUUUUUACAUUUAUUCGUCGGUUAAAAAAUGUCUUGUCGACAGCGCUAACAUAGUUCUUCGAUUAUUGCUACUGUUUGACAAGGUUCGACGAGUUCGUUCAACAACCUCCGUUCGUUUUCUCGCGUCCGUCCACGUGUUUCCUCCGAUCGUUCGUCCAACGAUCGAACCUUUGGAACCUUCGAUCGGAGAAACUCGGCGAUCAGCUGAGAUUCGCGCUGUCAUCGAUCGUACAGUUUCGAUUAAAAAGAAAAGGUGGUGGACGAGUUGCCGAACGUAGCACGCAUACAGGUACAUCGCCUUGUAGUCGCAUGCGACUCCAUGCGAAUCCACAUUCUACAAUCUACCGGUUUUCGUUAUAAAUGUAAACCGUUGUUCUUGUGCAUUGCACGUGGAACCGGUACGAUGCAUUGCGUGUAAUUUCCAAGGAACAAGAGUAAACGCUAAUUCUAUCUAAAAUCGUUUAAACUUUCUUUCUCGCUACGGAUCGUAAAGUAGAUGAGAAGGUUACCUUCUAACAAGAACAACUUUGGUAAUACGAACGACAAACGGGACGGUUCUUCCCACUUUGAUUUAGCUGUUUUAACGUUCUCGUAGCCUGGAACUUGCUCCGUGACAACUAGAAAAAAACCUGUCAAAUGUCACGGCUAUUGAACUUUUGGCAAAUACCAGCUACGUACGUUGUAUACGUUGCAUCACGCGACAGACGUUCGCAAAGUGUCUCCCAUCUCGCCCCUCUUCCCAUCGAAAGACGCAGCUGGUAGGUUUGCAAGGGAAGGAGGCGAUCUACGGAAGAAUUUCGAAUUUUUGGCGCAAGCGAGAAGAAGCAGGAAGAGGAUCCAUCGCAAACCCGCGUUUCCGCGCUGUCGCCGCUAUCCUCCUGCUAUUCGUUCGCCUCCAGGUUUUAUAUCGCUCGUCUCCAACUGUGCAAAUUGGAAAGGUUUUUAAGCCAAGUAGCGUACGUAACAACGGGAGAAAAGAGCAUCGAAUCGGAGAAUGUGUCGACGCACAAUUUGGCAGAGACUUCUCAUUGACCCUCGAACGAAGGCGGCGUCGAAAAUUGAGCGCAGAUCGUGCGUGUUUAUCCACGCGAGAGUUUCCUUGCGAAAUAUUUGUUACACUUGAACGACCUGUGCUUCCCAUAGAAAUACAGGGUGGUUGGUAUCUGGUGGUACAAGCGGAAAGGGGGUGAUUCUACGUGAAAAAAGAAGUCGAAAAUAUAGAAUAAAAAUUUGUCGUUUGAGGCUUCGUUUUCGAGAAAAUCGACUUUGAAUUUGCGCUCGGUACGCGUGCACUUUAUCGCGUCUCGUUAUAACGGAUCUCACUGUAGAUCGUUGUCUCGAUGGAAAAAUUUAAAAAAAAAAAAGAAAUUUUUAUUCUAUAUUUCCGACUUCUUUUUUCGCGUAGAAUUACCCUCUUUCCGCUUGUACCACCAGUUACUAACCACCCUGUAUAACACGAUCGACGUAGGUAGAAAAGAACGAGCCGUGCGUCAUGGAUAUCGCGCGCCAACGUCUUUUAAAACGUAUGCGACGCGCGUCGCACGCACGUUCGGUUAACACUUUUCCAACCGCUAGCGAUUCAACAGCAUACGCACGUCCGACCGGCAGUUCAGGGGCAAAUUCUCCCUGGCGCCGGCUCUGUUUCGGUUUAGACUUUCCAAUAUCAUUCUUUUCGUUCAUCGCGAACGGUAAGUUUUUCAAAUUGGUAUAAAACUGUGGGAGCUUACAAAGCAACGCAACUGACGCAACUGAGCAAGCUACUUUAGUACUAAAUAACAAAUUACUGCUCAAAUAAUGAGAAAGAUUGUCGACAACGAAAAGUCGAUUAAUAGGCUAUUGAUCGGUAAGCGUCGGAGACAAAAAGCCGAUUAAUAGGCUGUCGAUCGGUAAGCGUCGACGAUGAGAAGCCGAUUAAUCGGCUAUCGGUCGGUAAAGUGUUAAUCUGUUAACGUCGAAAUCUAUCGCACGACCAAACUACGGUCUGCAGCGAAGUACCAAAUUACCAAACAUAAUACAACGAUGUAAUUACAAUAAUAAUGUAACAAUAAUGUAACAUAACAGCCAAUAGGAAAAAGAAGGAAAUAGGGCAAGUUAAUCCGACCAAAGUAGAUCAAUGGAAUCGUGGAACGAGAAAAACACGCGUAACUUAAGUAGACGAGCGAAUUAGGCGUGAGAGGAACUGGCUUGGAUUUAUUUUCGGAGUUGUUUGUCUCUGAACUUCCUCGACGACCUUAAUCCUGGGGGCGCGUACAAAGGCGUGGUCGUUUAGUCGGUCGUAUAAUUUUUGCUGCUGCUAUAUGUGUACGUAUAUGUAGAUAUGUGUGUGGGUAUAAGCGCCGGGAUGGCGACGAUAGCGUCGAUAUAAUUUAUGUAACAGCACGAAACGAAGGAUGUAAGACCGUGGCGUCGCGACGCCACUCGUCGGAUGUUAGGCAUAGUGGAACGAGUAUUUUCAUUCUCGGGAAAGUUUUGCGUGUUUUGCGUUCACGUUUAUCACCGACGCACCGAUCUGUAACCCGUGAACGAUCGAUCGCACAACGUUUAGGAAAACGUAGGCAGAUCUGGCGAUUUGUACGCGCGUUUAUGCCGAAACGAUAGUCGUAAGACGUCUGGAAGAAAGUGAAACGAAAUACGUAACUUCGGGCGAAGCUUAUUAAAAUUCGUCGCUGCAGAGUUUCAAGAAACGAGAAAGGUCAGGGCUACCGGUUUAUGUAAAUUUGAGUUAAAAAUAAAUAUGAUUUAUCGACUGAAUUCGCAUACAGCGUUGUUGCGUAAGGUCGCUUGUUAACCCUUUGCACUCCGAAUUUUAUUUCAAUUUCGUUGCCAGCAGCUCCCACGCUUUUAAUUAUUUCAUUUGAAAUUUACUUUAACCAAAAAAUAAGACAAUUUAAAUAAAUAAAGGAAGAAAGAAAUUCACUUAAAUACCAGUUUAUUCACACUAUUGUUGUAUUUUGUAAUUUUUAAGUGUACGAUAUAUCUUGAAACAAUUUCCAGGAUCCAAUCCUGCUUUUCUUUCGCACGUUUCACAAAAAGAGGUGGGACUCGACAAAGGAGCUCCUGAAAUGAAAACUCAUGUCGAGGCACACUCGACAUAAGAGUGCAAAGGGUUAAUGGAAAAAUAAAGUAGGCAGCGGGUCGCGAACCAGCUAUCCGCGAUCAACGUCGUCAAUUUCAGUGAAACACAGCGGAGAAAAUUGAUUCCAACGAUCAUCGCUCAUCGUCGGUCGCGUCCAGUACGCUCGUCCAAGUCGAAACACGAAGGCGAACGUUUAACGUGGAAACGACGUUGAAACGGGUCAGGUGUUUAGGGAGGCUCCAGGGUAAAGAGUAACGAACCUCGACGACGAGGGUCGACGCGUGCUAACGAGCCGCGUGCUUCAGACUUCGUUUCACGCUUCGUCGUGUCGCGUGUGUUGCAUGCCAUUGCUUCGACUUUUUCAGAAA